UGGAUGGAGAGUUGUGUGGACAGGAGAGGGCGAGGGUGCCUACUAGUACUGCUUCUUGAGUGCCUCUAGAAAUCGUCCUGUCAGAAAGAACAAGUGGAUUGGGCAUUGUCUGUAUACCCCCCAGUGUGCCCGUUCCUCUGACAAAACUCUUUGCUCUUGUGGGCUUUCUACAACCUUCAAGUAUGGCGUGUAUGUUGUCAGAUUAGCUGGCUAGCUAGCUUGCUAGCUAGGUAACUACUCGAUGCAACAUUGGAUGUCAGCUGAAGCAAAUGCUAACUGGCCAACAAAAACGACUCUUGGUGUUUUGUAACAAGUCCGCAGCUCUACUCAUCGAGAAGGCGCAAUGGAGACGGAUGUGAAAAGCGUUUCCCUGGCGGUGGAGGGCAUGACGUGCGGCUCCUGUGUCCAGUCCAUCGAACAGCGGAUCGGGGGCUUCCCUGGAGUCCUGCACAUCCAGGUGUCCCUGGAGCAGAAGCAGGCUACGGUGGCGUUUGACCCGACGUCACAGUCCCCUGAAUCGCUGCGAGAGGCCAUCGAGGACAUGGGAUUCGAUUGCAUCCUCUCGCUUGACGCAGAGGUGACACCGGUGGCCACGGAGACUCAGCUUUUCCCCAUCACCGGCGUCCCGGCGGACUCCCUCCAGCAGGCGCUCGUGGCCGUGUCGCAGCUGCAGGGCGUGCUGUGUGCGGAGAAGAGCGGGGAAGACCUAGGGGUGUCGGUCACGUACGUGCCCUCGCUGACUGGUGUGGAGCAGGUUGGAGAGCUUCUGGGUAAAUUGGCUGCAUCACACAGCUCUAACGUCACACCCAGCAGCACGACAAACUCUACCACCACCGCCACCACCACCGCUACCCCCACCACCAUGCCCACCAUCUCACCCCCGCCACCCUCGCUCAGCCCUCCUCCCCCCGAGGGUCCUGCGUCGCGGGCCGCGGGGGUGGAGCUGGUGAGGAUGCGCGUGGAAGGCAUGGUGUGCCUCUCCUGCACCACCACCAUUGAAGGGAAGAUCGGAAAACUGAAAGGAGUCGAGAAGAUCAAAGUGUCUCUGGAGUCCCAAGAAGCCUCGGUACUCUACCUGCCGUACCUCAUCACGGUGGAUGAGAUCAUCAACCAGAUUGCGGUGGCCGGCUUCAAGGCCUUUGUCAAGUCCAAGCCCCGUCCCCUGCAGCUCUCCCCCACGGAGGUAGAGCGCCUGCUCAGUGUCUCCAUGCCUGAAGCAGCUACAGUAGCAGCAGGCCCUGCUAUGUCACCACCACCACCUGCGGAGGUCACAACCUUGCUCAAGGUCACCGGCAUGCACUGCAAGUCCUGCGUCAGCAACAUCCAGGACAACAUCGCCAAGCUGCCCGGCGUUACCUCCGUCACCGUCUCCUUGGAGACAGAGCAGGCCACCGUCCGGCACGACCCCAGUACGGUGUCCGUGCCAACGCUGCAGCGCGCCAUCGAGGCCCUGCCUCCCGGGAAGUUCAGGACUCAGCUGCUGGGCAACAGCAGCAGCAACAGCACAGGAAGUGACCCGUGGCCUUCCACUUCCUCUUCCUGUUCCACCUCCUCCACGUUGCUUUCCUCCCAGCCGCCCGCCCCACUGUCUGCCCUGGAGCUCAGCCUCCUGCAGACCCAGACCCAGUCCCAGUCCCCGUCCCCGCCCCCGCCCCAGGCCCAGCACCACCCGCUCUCGUCCCCCCUGCUGGAUCCCGGCUUCCUGCAGCCCCUGCUGGCCAUGACCCAGGUCCACAUCGAGGGCAUGACGUGCAACUCGUGCGUGCAGAGCAUCGAGGGCGUGAUCUCGCAGAAGAAAGGGGUGAGGUCGGCUAAGGUGUCGCUGGCCGAACAUCAAGGCACGUUCGAGUACGACCCCCUCCUGACCUCGCCGGAGGACAUACGGGAAGCCAUAGAGGACAUGGGCUUUGAUGCCUUCCUGCCAGAAACCAAUUCCCUGGUGCCCAAGCCAGCUCCCGUGACCACCAGCAGCCCGUCGUCCGUGCGCAGCCAGACCCUGUCCCCAUCCAGCCAGAAGGACAGGGACCUGGACAUGGAGGACACUGAGCUGGGCCCGGCCAACGGCGGCAGCAGCGGCCAGUCCUACUCCAAAUGCUUCAUCCAGGUCGGCGGAAUGACCUGCGCCUCCUGUGUAGCCAACAUCGAGAGGAACCUCAAGAAUGAGCACGGAGUGCACUCUGUGCUGGUGGCCCUGAUGGCUAGCAAGGCGGAGGUGCGCUACAACGCCAACGUGAUCGACCCGCUAAAGAUCGCCGAGUGCAUACGGGAGCUCGGAUUCACCGCCUCUGUCAUGGAGAACUACGACGGCUCAGACGGCUCCCUGGAGCUCGUGGUGCGCGGCAUGACAUGUGCCUCCUGCGUGCAUAAGAUCGAGUCCAACCUCAUGAAGCACAAAGGUGUUGUUUACGCCUCGGUUGCCCUGGCGACCAACAAAGCCCACAUCAAGUACGACCCGGAGGUGACGGGGCCGCGCGACCUCAUCAGGCUGAUCGAGAACUUGGGUUUUGAUGCAUCGCUUGUGAAGAGGGACCGCACCGGCAAUCACCUGGACCACAGCAAAGAGAUACAACAGUGGCGUCGGUCGUUCCUGAUCAGCCUGGUGUUCUGCGUGCCGGUGAUGGGCAUGAUGAUCUACAUGAUCGUGGUGGACGAGCAGCUGAGCUCCACGUCGCACCACCACAACGCCUCGGGCUCGGAGGAGAUGGAGGAUCGGCAGGCCUACCACCAGCACAUGGUCCUGGAACAGCAGCUGCUGCCCGGACUCUCCAUCAUGAACCUGCUCUCCUUUCUAUUCUGCGUACCUGUGCAGUUCAUCGGUGGCCGCUACUUCUACAUCCAGGCCUACAAGGCUGUAAAGCACCGGACGGCCAACAUGGAUGUACUGAUCGUGCUGGCCACCUCCAUCGCCUUCGCCUACUCGCUGGUCAUCCUGCUGGUGGCCAUGGCCGAGAGGGCAAAGGUCAACCCCAUCACCUUCUUCGACACGCCACCCAUGCUCUUUGUCUUCAUCUCCCUCGGCAGGUGGCUGGAGCAGAUCGCCAAGAGUAAGACUUCGGAGGCCCUCUCUAAGCUGAUGUCCCUCCAGGCCACUGAGGCCACAGUUGUCACUCUGAAAAGUGAUAUGUCUGUGCUCAGUGAGGAGCAGGUUGACGUGGAGCUGGUUCAGAGGGGGGACGUGGUGAAGGUGGUGCCCGGGGGGAAGUUCCCCGUAGACGGCCGCGUCAUCGAGGGCCACUCCAUGGCUGAUGAGUCACUAAUCACAGGAGAGGCGAUGCCAGUGACUAAGAAGCCGGGCAGCACGGUGAUUGCGGGCUCCAUCAACCAGAACGGCUCUCUGCUCAUCAAGGCCACCCACGUGGGGCUGGACACCACGCUCUCACAGAUCGUCAAGCUCGUGGAGGAAGCUCAGACCUCCAAGGCUCCCAUUCAGCAGUUUGCUGAUAAGAUCAGCGGCUACUUCGUGCCCUUCAUCUGUGCCGUGUCCCUCCUCACGCUGGUCGCCUGGGUGCUCAUCGGCUUCGUCAACUUCCCCCUCGUGGAGAAGUACUUCCCUGGCUACAACAAGAGCAUCUCCAAGGCGGAGGCGGUGGUGCGCUUUGCCUUCCAGGCCUCCAUCACCGUGCUGUGCAUCGCCUGCCCCUGCUCCCUGGGCCUGGCCACCCCGACGGCCGUCAUGGUGGGCACGGGGGUGGGCGCCCAGAACGGCAUCCUCAUCAAGGGAGGGGAGCCCCUGGAGAUGGCACACAAGAUCCAGUCGGUGGUGUUUGACAAGACGGGCACCAUCACGUACGGUGCCCCCAAGGUGAUCCAGGUGCGCAUGGUGGUGGAGGGCAACCGUGUGCCACGCUCCCGCCUGCUGGCCAUAGUGGGAACUGCAGAGAACCACAGCGAGCACCCGCUGGGAGCAGCCAUCACGCGUUACUGCAAACAGGAGCUGGGUACGGAGUCGCUGGGCACGUGUACGGACUUCCAGUCGGUGCCCGGGUGCGGCAUCCGUUGCCAGGUGAGCAACACGGAAGGCCUGCUGCGGCGCGAGGACAGCGACGGGGACGGAGAGGGGGAGGGGGCGGAGAACCAGCGCAACGCCGUACUGGUGCAGGUCAGCGACACACACAGCGGCAGAGCAGCGGACACCUCGCACCACCCCCUCAUCAUGGACCCUCAACCACUCACCUUGGUGCAGUCGGCCUCCUACUCUGUGUUGCUGGGCAACCGGGAGUGGAUGCGGCGGAACGCUCUGCAGCUGAGGGCGGACGUGGACGAGGCCAUGACGGAACACGAGAGGAGGGGUUGCACUGUAGUGCUGGUGGCCGUGGACGGUGUGCUGUGUGCCCUGGUGGCCAUAGCGGACACGGUGAAGCCCGAGGCGGAGCUGGCGGUAGCCACUCUGACCAGCAUGGGGCUGGAGGUGGUGCUGAUGACGGGGGACAACAGCAGGACCGCACGCGCCAUUGCCGCACAGGUGGGUAUCCGCAAGGUGUUUGCGGAGGUGCUGCCCUCCCACAAGGUGGCGAAGGUGGAGCAGCUUCAGCAGGCGGGGAAGCGUGUUGCCAUGGUGGGGGACGGCGUUAACGACUCGCCGGCGCUGGCCAUGGCGGACGUGGGCAUCGCCAUAGGAACCGGCACGGACGUGGCCAUCGAGGCCGCAGACGUCGUCCUCAUCAGGAAUGACCUCCUAGACGUGGUGGGGAGCAUAGAUUUAUCAAAGAAAACAGUCAAGAGGAUCCGCAUCAACUUUGUCUUUGCCCUCAUCUACAAUCUGGUCGGAAUUCCUAUUGCUGCCGGUGUGUUCAUGCCCAUCGGGCUGGUACUGCAGCCAUGGAUGGGCUCAGCGGCCAUGGCGGCCUCCUCCGUGUCCGUGGUGCUCUCCUCCCUCCUGCUCAAGUGCUACACCAAGCCAAGCGCGGAGAAGCUGGAGCAGCGCGUGGGCCCCGGGGCGCGUCGUCCCGGCAGCCUGUCGGACGUGAGCGUGCACAUCGGCAUGGGCGAGCUGCGCCGCCCGUCCCCCAAACUCAGCCUGCUGGAUCGCAUCGUCAACUACAGCCGCGCCUCCAUCAACUCCCUGCGCUCCGACAACAAGUCGCUCAACGGCAUGGCCAUGACCGAGCCCGACAAGCACUCGCUACUGGUGGGGGACGCGCACGGCGAUGAGGAGAUGGUGUGAAGCAGGCAAGGGGAGAACGGAACGGAGAGGAGCGGAGGUGGAGAGGAGAGGAGAGUCGGAGACGAGGAUAUAAGAUGGUGUGAGGAAGGAGGGAACGGAACGGAGGUGGAGAGGAGAGUCAGGCGAGGAUUUGGAUGGAUGAAUGGAUGGAUGGAUGUGAGGAGGUCAGUUAGGUAGUAGUGCUGUACUGCAAUACCAAGUGACGACGACCAAGAGGUGAAGGACAGUCCCCUUCACUUUCACCAGUUUCUGUCUAGCUCUCCAUCUCUCUCCUC